AUAAAGGAUUUAUAGUGAAAAACUUUGUUUUUACGGGUUAAUUUUUUCAACUGAGAUAACUCAAAAUGCUCAUCCUUACUGGUGUUGCUCACAGGCAUCUUAGCGCUUUUGAUGGUUGCAGCGAUUUCAGAUUUUGUCACGUCUGCAGCGAUGUGUCGCAGACCCUUAAGGACUACACCGACCUGGGCAAUGAUGACAUCCACUGGAGGUGCAGUGAACAGAAUCUACAGGAGAGGGAGAGAGACAGUGUGUCCUCUUGGCCACGUCCACCGCCGGUUACCGUUCCACCGCCCCUCACGAGAAGUCGGAGGCAGCUGCCCGACAAAGUCGAGGAGGAGGAGGAGGCAGCGGAGGCGAGGGGCAGCCGGUUCAGGGCGAAGGUCGGCGGAGGUUGGAGGUCGGCGCUGAGGCGGCGGCUGUCCAACUUGCGGAGACGAAUGGGCGGUGCAUCGUCAUGCUGGAGGUGCGGUGACACAACGAAGGGGGACAUCUACAAUGAGUCCUUUCCAUCGCAAAGCAGGAUAAGUCGGAGGCCGUCGCCCGACGACGGUGAUGGCAGCGACGAGGAGGCGGAGGCGGCAAGGCAGAUGAGGUCUUUGGUGCUCAGGCAUAUGCAGGCACGCCAGAAGUUCCAUCUGCCGCCGCCAAUCGAGACGCUGCCAGGCGUGCUGCCCCCGGUGGCGGCCGGGAGGAGUGGUAGGCAGCCACCCAACCGCAGUGGCAGUGAAAGCGACGAGGCGGCCGGGGCAGUGGCGGAUGGACAGAGGCCAGCGCUGGUUCAGUGGUACUCCCUGCCAAUGCUAUGGCGACCGCCCGGCUCUCCGCGCGGCGUCGAUGGCGUCGGCGGCGCUCCGGCCGCUCCGCCCGCUCCACCGCCAUCGAGAGGCGGUGCCAGGGCUCAACUCAGCUCUGACGAGAAGCAGAUGCCACCGGAGAAACUGGAGCCUCUCAUACCCAGCGCUGUUCCACACGGACCCCCUGGACACACGGACAAUUACCCUGCUCAGAGAACUCGUAGCAAUGUGGACCCAUCCAUAUUCCAACGGGAGAACGUGAAGUCCUUGCUUGACGUUGCGUGUACUUCUCCAAGCGAAGAAUCGAGCGCGACUGCGCAUGACGGCGUCGUCACGGCGAUGCCGGACUGCGCCGUCACCGCAGUGAUGCCAGAUUUCUCCGGCGACGCCUACUCGUGA